GCAGGCGAUGUCGCCGGAGCAGGGGAGGACGACGAAGCGCUGGUCAAUGGAGGCGGUGUCGAAGCUGUAGAUGGACGACAUCCGCUUCUGGAACGAAACGGAAGGGAACGCCACAGUGAAGUUGAUACAGGAAGCGCGCCUGUAUCUUGUGGCGGUGGCGCGUGGAUUGCAGCCUCCAGCCAUUCGUCGAAGCAUCGUCUUGCCUCAUUCCACCAUCCCAGAGCAGAAAACCGAGGAUGAAAUGGAGUUGAACGUGGCGAAGGAGAGGGCGUUCAAUGUGCAGACCAUCGCUUUGCGGGUGAUCCACGGGUGGAUCUUCAAGUCGACGAGCAGGCAAUGGGGGUACCACGCAGCAUGCGGGUACGCAUUGAACCACGAGGCCGCUGACAUCGCUCGCGCCAUGUGGAUGCGGGAGGACUCGCGUAUAUGUGUGAGCCCCAUGGUGUUCCACAUUACACUAGACAUGGAUAUGAAGUUGCCACUAUGGUUCGUCGGCGCCGACAUCGAAGACAGGCACGAGAAUGACGACUUGGUGGCGUACCAGGAAGCGAGCAUUCAACGACUGGUUGGGGCUUUCACGAGCGCCGUGAGCAUGGCAGAGGGGAUCAAUGGCGGACGGGUGUCGCACGAAAGGUUGCAGAGCGUUGCUGACGCGAUGAGGACAAUGCUCGCGGCGACCAUGUGGCUCAUGUGGAUGAGCAGGGACGAUCAUCUCGCACAUUACGACGCGUGGGUUUUCGUCCAACUGACAACGAAGCCAACGCUCGCCGCAUCCAUGCAUCACACAUUCGACGCUCGUCGCCAUAUUGUGCAAGCUGCGGCCAUCAUCACAGACAAGUUGGCGAGACCCCCCCUUGACUUUGGUAGCCCCUCCAUUGUACAUCCCCGACUGGACGUCUUGCGGCGGGAGGUUCUCACAUGACGCCACCUUGUCUUCCCCCAUGGAGGCCAAAAAGCUGGAUUGGCUGGGCACGGGCCCCCUAAAAGAG